AUGCCCGUUUCACCUUCUCAUGCACUAUACACUUCGCCCCUCCUGGUGCUGCCAAUCCAGUGGGACCCUUGGCAAGGAGUGCUGGAUCCUGGCAACGGCGAGCACGCCGCCAUCGUUAAAGGCGGCCAGAUCGUGCUGACGGCCACUGUGGCUAAUGGUGUCUAUGUGAUUGACGAGCCAAACAGAGACAUCAACGCUGCACUGGCUAGCCUGCGCACCCAGGAUCCUGACCUGACCCUCUGGAACGAAGCUACUGAUGAAAUCAGGCGUCAUAGCAACCCUUCUGCCGUCAGCAGCGAUCCAGCUGCCCUGAUCACCUCGCAGGUCCAAGAUCCUAAUCUACGCAUCUGGCAUGAGAGACUGGCCCACCUCAGCGAGCGCAACAUCAAGAGGCUGCAAGGGAUGUCCACUGGACUGCGACCCCAAGCGCCACAAGACCCGUGCGAGGCCUGCGCUAUUGGCAAGAUCAAGGAAGGACCGCAUAGGCACUCUAUUCGAAAGGGAACCCGGCCGCUAGAAAGCCUGCACAUUGACAUCUGUGGGCCGUUUCCAGACAUUGGAUACGACGGCAGCAGAUACUGGGUGGCCAUCCUAGAUUACACUCAGUACGGAUGGACCUUUAGCGUGAAGCAUGAGACGCCUACCAGGCGGUGCCUCUACGUGCGGAUGGACCUGGGAGGUGAGAAUCGCUCCAAGCUGCUAGACGCCUUCUGCACCGACAAGGCGAUCGAGGUCAUCUACGCCGCCACGGAACAGCACCAGCAAAACGGCGCUAUCGAGGUCUUCCAUAGGAGCAUCACCUACGUCCGCAAUAUGUCCCCUGCGGCCAAGUCACCUAUCACACCGUACGAAGCCUGGCACGGCGAGGAACCUGAUGUUACCCAUCUUCGAGUCAUCGGAUCAAAGGCCUGGGCACUACUACCAGCGGCCAAACGCAGGAAGCUACAGCCUAAGGGUAUCCCGUGCAGAAUGCUAGGGUACCAGGGGCACUGUAACUACGUCCUGCUUGAUAGCAACAACAGGGUCUUCGUGUCUCCCAACGUUAUCUUUGUCGAACACAUCGCCAAGCCUGCGGUCUCCGAGAGACAACCCAAGAGGUCCAAGACUGGUCAAAGCCUUGACCAGCUGAUCCAGGAGGAAGGCCAGCAAGCCGAACGCCCGCCUCGGACACUCCGCAACGGCAACGAUACAACGGCCGAGACAACGCCGAUUUACACACCAGCAACCUCCACAGCGCUCUCGCCCGAGCCUGAAGAUAGUCAAACCCCAGAUUCCACGCUAGACCUGUCUGACGGCUCUGAAGACAACAUGGUGUCGUAUGGAGACGACAGUGUCCUGCUAGACCUGCUGGAAGACACAAGCCCCGAACCAUCUGUUUACUCAACCAUCCAUGCCGCCGCUGACCCGAUCAGGCCGUCGGUCAGAAGGUCCACCAGACCAAGAGCUCCCCCUCUGCGCUACGGCUAUAAUUUCGAUCACGCCUACGCAAUGGCUAUGGCCAUCUCACAGCAAUGGGAAGACCACGAGCCCCUUACCUUCAAACAGGCCAUGCAGUCAGACAGCGCCAAGCACUGGCACGCCGCUAUGGCUGACGAAAUCAAGUCCCUGCAGGUCAAUGAGACCUGA